AUGGAACAAAAAUUUACUGAUAAUGUAUUGAAAAUAGAAGAAGAAGAAGAUGAAGAUGAAGAAGAAGAAGCAUUGUCAUUGUGUGAUCUUCCGGUCAAUGAAGAGACAAGAAAAGAAGAGGUUCCAACUCCAAGAACCAAUGAAAUACAAGACGACUUUGAUUUCUGCUCUUUUCAAAAAGAAUACGAAAUGUGUGCAGCUGAUGAAGUUUUCUAUCGAGGCCAAAUUCUUCCACUGCGUAAUUCAGUGAGCUCAGAAAAGGGCAUAAACGGAUUUCGUAACGAUAGCCGAUCCAUUUCCAGGUGUGCAUCAAUGAAUAAAUGUUCUUUUUCCGUUGGUUUCACAAAUGUCAGCAGUAGAAGUAGCAGCAUCAGAAGCUAUCGAUCUUCAAGCAGUGGCAGUUCUAGCAGCAUUAAAUCAAAUAAUAGCCCACGAGUUCGAAAUCAAUUCCAUUCCCACCCAAGUCCAACACCCCAGCUUCGUUUAUCAAGCAUUAAGCAAGGAAAUCUUCGUAAUUCCAGCAGAAAAUCGUCAAUUUGGAGCAUUUUCCAUGUAGGAUUAGUCACCCCACCAGAAAUCGCAUUGCAAGAUCUCAAAAUUCGACAAGAAAAUAACAACAAUAACAAGAACUUCUGCAGUCGAAACAGCACUAGCAGCAACAGAAGUGAUUUUAGCAAUGGAAGCAUCAACAAAAAGAAAUCCAGAUUCUUUGACAAAAAUGGUGUUCUAUUUGGUGGUUGCAAAUGUUAUGCAUUAGAUGCAGUUUCUCCCAGAGUUGUUGUCAUCAAGAGAAGUGCUAGUGAAAACGAAGCACACGCACUUUGUCUCCAAGAAAAUCAUAUUCGAACAAUGAACAUGACAAAGGAUCAGCAGCAGCAGCAGCAGCAGCACCGAACAAGAAAACAAGCAUUGUCGCGUCAUCGAACAUUUGAAUGGUUAAAGCAGCUUUCCCUUGAAAGUGCGACAGAUGAAGCAUUGCUUCCAAUGUAG